AUCAGAUGCAAUCUAGAAUUUUAAGCCAUUGUACUGAAAAAAGCAAAGCUGGAAUUUGUAGAAGAAAAAUCAACAUGAAUCUAACCACAACUGCGGUUUUUACAUUGAUGUUGGCAUCAUGCUGCCUUUGUGAUUUACAAGUUAACAGAAAACGACAGCCAGGCUGUGGGUGUACAACUCGGAUUUGUAUGUAUAACUGCGUGAGUGGCAAGAGAACUAUGGAUAUGCAAGAAUUAUACGAAAAGAAAAAUGCAUUACCGUUCUUGCGGGAAUUCAGCAACGAGCAGGACGAAUCCGGCCCAUUUAAAAAUCGAUUUUAUCAAUAUUUAACAGCGAAGCGAGGAAAUGCAUACAGCGAGGUAGGUGUAAAAAGCGACUACUGACUUCAGUUAUGUUGGGCAAAUGCUGUAGCUGAACAGCAACCGUUAGAGAUGGUCAUAUAAACGAUACAAAGUUAUACUGGAAAAUAUUGCUGUUUACCGUUUACCGUUGUACUGAAAAGUAGUACUGUUUACCGUAGCUUAUACUAGAAAUAUUAAUAUAACGCAUAUCACAAAGGUCUCGUACGCGCUAGAAGUAGUACUACGUAUAGCUUAAUAUAAAAAUAUAGUACUGUACUGGUAGACUGUAGUUUGUUAAAAAAAAAAAAAAAAACGUUAUUAGAAGGCGAUAUGGGCCAAAAUGGUUGUGUUGACCUAGCCCGACCGGCCAAAACAUUGAUUCCGAAAGAGCAUUUAUGUUGAAGAAGACAAAUUUUCAUUAAAUCAACAAAUGGGAUACAGUACAUUAAACAUAGAUCUUAGCCCAGGUGUUAGAAUUUACCAAAUAAAAUUCACCUGUUUCUUUAAAUAAAAAAUCCCGACAGACCUACUCUCAUAUAAAUACUUUGGAUUAAAAGUCCAUCCGCUAUUGAAUAAUAUUGUAAUUUAUCAUGUAUUCGGUUUUGUUUUAUGUUUUGUUUUGUUUUAUUAGUUUGAAGAUAACUAAAUUGCUAAUAUAAAAGUACUUGUGUACAAAUUAACGUUAUGCUGUAAUAUUUUUGGUCACUUGUAGACUAAAAUGUAUUAUGUACUUAACCUGAUCAGUCUACUAUUACCACUACUACUACUAAUACUACCACCACUUAUUAUCAUCAUCAUUAUCAUCAUCUUCUUCUUCAUUAUGCUAGCGUUUAAACACACAUGUUUUUGUUUUUUUUAAUUAUCAAAAGGGGUAUUCAUGUGAUUUAAACUCUUAAUACGGUAGUCAUAAACAUUGGGAAAGCGAAAUGAUAACAGAUGCAACACAAUGUGUCAUAAACACUUAAGAAAAUGAAAAUGUGACAUUAAAGCCGUAUAUAUUCAAAUAAACUCCCCUGGCCUUUAAUGUGGAGAAGGGCUUUUUGUUCAUUAUGCUCAUAAUCAUCAUCAUGAUCAUCAUAUUGGUAUUAUCAUUGUAUUAUUAACAAUACUAUUUUAGUAAUCUGCUCGUAAAUUGUUCAAGUCUAUAAAAAUUCCAAUAGUAACUUUACCUCUAAUAAUAAUAGGCCUACUUGUAUUUUCAACCGCCAUUAAGUUAAAAUUAAAAACACAUUAAAAAAAUUGAUUGGAUGUUUUGUCAAGAAGGGGAAAAUUAGGAUGGUAGAUUGUAGUAUCUUUAUUACCAGAAUGGAGGAAAGAUGAUUGUUUUUUAUUGCAUUAUAAGCCUAUUGGUAUAAUUAACUGUAUUGAUUAUUUUACUAAAUUUACCACACAGCAUCAUCAUUUCUGUUUGUUGUAUUUCUUUAAGUAUCACAGUGCAUUUACUUAAAAAUACACCCUGAUUGUAUCUAUUUAAGUAACUGCAACCUAAUACUAUAUAAUUAAUAGGCUGUAAAUGUACUAUAUGAUACUUAAGUAAGUACAACCCAAUAAAUCAUUGUUUUGUAUUAAUUAUCAUAUAAUACAUCUAAUAAUAACAGAACCUAAUACAUCAAAUUAAUAUAUACGGUAUAUAUAUAAAUUUAGGAAAAACUCCGAAUGCCUUGCAAUUAUGUUAAAAAUUAAAAUCCAAUUCGGCUUUGUUCAAACGAAGAGUAAUCUUUUCAUAUUUUCUUAAUAAAGAAACUGGUAAUCUUUUUGAACUGAAAUCCUUGAUACUACAGUAUCUCAGUUGGCGUAACAGUUUUCUUAAAGUAUUGUUAUAACAUACUCUCAGUGUGUUCAUAGAUGAAAAUCUAUACAUAGACCAAAGCGUAGAACAAUAAAAACUCAUACAGAAAGAACGAAAUAAUAUA